AUGUUUACCAGCUUUUCCGAGAUAGAAAACACACCAGCUUCUUCGUCUUCUUUGGCUGCCGACCUAUUUGGCAAUGAACACACUGACGGCCGUGGAAAAUCCAGUAUUGACGGUCAAAAUCAAGAUGAAGAGAUCAGAGGGGCUUCAGCUUCAGAACGCCGUGAAACCGGCGAACGAUAUGGUACCAUCGAAAUGCAGAGCCGUGAAAGUCGCACGCAAUCAUAUCCAAAGCCAACUGACGAGCAAGAUCGUAAAGCAAGAAAGCAGCAUAGAAUGAAGCCACUUGAUGAGCAGUAUAGAGUUUUUAAGAGCCUUGAAGAUCCUCAAAAAGUGAGGAAAAAAGGGGAACAUACUGAAGCGGAAGAUGAGAUGAAAGAGAGUGAGGAAGAAUCAGAGGGAGUGGAGGAUGAAGACGAGGACAUAAGUGGAUCGGAGCACAAAAGUGCAAUCAGCCAGACAUUUGAUGUUGAACAGUAG